GCGAUUUUUGCAACGAUCACAUCACAGAGUUCUGCUUAAUAAGAAAGCUGAUAGAAUUUAACAAAGGAUGCAGGAGACCAUACUGCUGUUCUGUCUUUCAGGGCUCUUCCUGGGCCACCAUGCCUUACCUCCUAUCGAAUCCUACUACUACGAGGACCAGAAGCUGAGCUGGACCGAUGCUCAGCAACACUGCAGGGACCUGAAGGGGGACCUGGCCACCGUAGACAACGUAGCGGACCUCCAGCACCUGAAUGAGUCCAGAACGGGCUUUAAUUACGACGACGACUUCAUGUGGAUCGGACUUUAUGAUGACCGCACCCGUUGGAAGUGGUCCCUCGGAGACCAGGACUACAAAGUUGGCCAAAACUAUGGAACGUGGAGUGGUAAUGACCCAGACUUCUGGAAUAACAAAGAGAAUUGUACAGGCCUCUCCUCUACAGGAAUCUGGUUCGAUGUGUCAUGCUACAGUCUUUAUGGUGCAGUUUGCUUUGAUGAUGAGGAGUCCAACUACACCGUGGUCCAAAACCCAAUGACUUGGUACGAGGCGUUGCAAUACUGCCGGUCUCACUACACUGACCUGGCCAUUGUGCCCAACGCGACUGAGAGUGGAAAAGUAUUGGCACUUAAUCAAUCAGAUGCAUGGAUUGGUCUCCACAGAUAUCCUUGGUCCCUCUGGUCUGACGGAAGUAGUGCCACUUUCUUGAAUUGGGGACCAGGUGAACCAAACAACCACGGAGGCCCCGUUGCUCCACGUUGUGUCAAAAUGUCUGUCACCUCAGGGCAUUUUUUUGAUGAGGAAUGUGGCCUUUUGUAUAACUUCGCCUGCCAGAGAAAACAAAAACAAUGGUCAACCUUCAAGAUAAAGAUCAGCUCUGAAGCAGACAUGACGGAUCCUGAGGUGGGACGCCAGAUUUUGGAAAAGCUCCAUGCCAAACUGGCCGAGGUGGGUGUGACUGGGGCAAAUAUCAGCUGGGUUCUCGAGGACGGACAGGUGUUUCACAAGGACCAGCCCAGCAAGACAUGAGAGGGAGGUCAUCGCUGUGUUCUGCUCUUUGUGUUUUGAAAUAAACCUUUAAUAAUCUAAAAACAGGGCUCCAAGGAGAUCCACCCUUAGGCUGAGAAGAUUUAGAUAAUAAAAUGCUCUCAUUAAUCACAUGCUAGAAUUUUGCAGCAGUUAUUAUUAUUAGUUGUAUUAGUAGUAGUAGCAGUAGUAGUAGUAGUGGUAGUAUUAUUAGUAGUAUUAGUAGUAUGGGCAGUAGUGGUACCAGUACCACCAUCCCCAUGGGGAUUAAUUAAAGUAAAAACAAUGCAACAAAUAUUUAUAUCUGAUAGAUCAUAUGAAUCGUUUAUUGCUAAUAUAAGUGGUAUCCCCAAAUAUAAUUUAAUGAUAUUUCAUUGAUUCUACUUUACUGUCUUAUCAGCGGAGUGUCUUGUUGACAAAGAAUGUUUGUGGCCGGUCCUUAUUUCAGUACGUUGUUCGAGACCAACAUGGAAAGAAAACUGUCAUUUUGGCCAUUAUGUCCUAUUGUGUUUAUUAGAAUAGAGAGUUGUUUUUCCCAAGCGCAUAUGGAGACACCAGCAACAAGGCGUUACUCGUCCAAAGGGUCCUGUUUGUAAUGUACUGAAUCAUUUAUGUGCUUUUACAUUAGAAAUGACUGACACUAAUUACCCAAUAUCGAUCUCCGAUGCAAUGUAUUUAUAUCUGAUAAUUCAAAUAAAUAAACAAUAUAUAUUUCAAGGAGAAAACUAGG